AUGGCUCUGGACAAGACUCCAUUCGAAACCAUAACCCCAUCUCGUUUCAUCACCUUCACUUUUCCCAACCCCUCCAUCUCACCCACCCUCCUCCACGUCGCCGUCCUCGACACACCUUUUCAACUCACCAGCUCACCCCCAGUCGCCGCCAUGCUCGUCCCCAAACAACGGAUCUCCCGCCUAAUCCUCACUGGCAACCAGCCCAUUAACGGUCACGGUUCACCGGUAAUUUACCACCGUCCGGCUAGAAACGACUCGUCGUGUGAUGGCGAACUCGGGGUGAGUUUGAGACCUCUUUUCCUUGCUUUAUCUCCUAAGUCUUGCUUCAAACAUGGCACUCUUGAGAUACCCAUUUUGAGUUAUGAGGAUAAUGUGAUUAGUAGUGUGGUUUUGGAGAGGUGUGUUGGGUCUUUGGUUGGUGAAAUGGUGGUGGAAGAUGUGGAGAUUGAGAGUGGUGGUGAGGCUUCAAAGAGGGAGUUCAGGAGGCGUUUGAGGUUUAAAAGAGUGCCCAAUUUGGUUCAAACGGAGGUACGUAUUGUUCCCAACACGGGUUUUGGCUUUGAUUAUGUGGAAAUCGGAGAAGUAGAGUUUAGGCUGGAUAAUAGUAUUUUAGUGCACCCUUAUUUGGUUCCUAUGUUGGCAAGUCUUCAGUUGAUUGCUUCUUAUAUUGAGGGACGGAUUCCAAGUGGGUUUAGGCCGAAAGCUUUGUGUUUAGGAGUUGGAGGUGGAGCUUUGCUUGGAUUUUUAAAAGCCGAACUGGGAUUUCAGGUUGUGGGUGUGGAGGCGGACAAGGAAGUUUUAAGAGUUGCUACGAAGUAUUUUGGACUGGAAGAUGGUGGUGAGCAUGUCAAUGUUUGCGUUGGAGAUGCAAUAAAAGUUAUUGAGAAACUUGCGGGUCGAGGUAAUGGACAAAGUUCGGGUUCUUUUGGUGCUCAUGAGAUAGAAGGUGGUUGUGGGAUGGGUGAUGGCAAUGACAUUGAUACUAAAUUUGAUGUAGUGCUAGUUGAUUUAGAUUCAAGUGAUGCUGGAGAUGGUAUAAUUGCUCUGCCAUUUGAGUUUGUUAGGAAGCAUGUCCUUUUGGCUGCCAGAUCAGUUCUUUGUGAUAAUGGGAUCCUCGUAUAA